AUGUCGCACUCUCACUCUCAUGAUCACGGCUUCGGAGGCCACUCUCACGAUCAUUCGCAUUCGCACUCGCACGAUAUCAGGUUCUCCGCAGCCGAACAUGGCCACUCGCACGAGAUCCUCGAUGGACCUGGAAGCUAUCUCGUCCGUGAGAUGCCCAUCGUAGAGGGAAGAGACUGGAAGGAGAGGGCAUUUACUGUUGGAAUUGGAGGCCCCGUCGGCUCCGGCAAAACCGCCCUAAUGCUAGCCCUCUGCCUCGCCCUCCGCGAAUCCUACUCCAUCGCCGCCGUAACCAACGACAUCUUCACCCGCGAAGACGCCGAAUUCCUAACCAGCCACGCCGCCCUGCCCACCCCCCGCAUCCGGGCCAUCGAGACGGGCGGCUGUCCCCACGCCGCCGUGCGCGAGGACAUCUCCGCCAACCUCGCCGCCCUCGAGGACCUGCAGCGCGAGUUCGCGACGGACAUCUUGCUCAUCGAGUCUGGCGGGGAUAACCUCGCAGCGAACUAUUCGAGGGAACUUGCUGAUUUCAUCAUUUACGUCAUUGAUGUUAGCGGCGGGGAUAAGAUUCCCCGAAAGGGUGGUCCGGGGAUCACGCAGAGUGAUUUGCUUGUUGUGAAUAAGAUCGAUUUGGCGGAGGCUGUGGGUGCCGAUCUUGAUGUUAUGGAUAGGGAUGCUAGGAGGAUGAGGGAUGGUGGGCCGACUCUGUUCUGCCAGGUGAAGACAGGCAAGGGCGUUGAACACGUAGUGAACUUGAUCCUCAGUGCUUGGAGGUCGAGUGGCGCCGAGGCGGUUUCCAAGGCGCGGGGCGGGCCUAAGCCGACCGAGGGGCUUGACGCAUUGAAGGCUGAGUGA